GCCAGUUGCUGGAGCUGGCGGCGCGGCCCGGGCGGCUGCGCGAGCGCGUGCUAGAGCUGGCCCGCGGUGGUGGCGACCCCUACAGCGAUCUCAGCAAGGGCGUGCUGCGCUGCCGGACCGUGGAGGACGUGCUCACGCCGCUCGAGGACUGCUUCAUGCUGGAUGCCAGCGCCGUGCUGGACUUCGGCGUCCUGGCCAGCAUCAUGCAGAGCGGCCACACGCGCAUCCCAGUGUACGAGGAGGAGCGCUCCAACAUCGUGGACAUGCUCUACCUCAAGGACUUGGCCUUCGUGGAUCCCGAAGACUGCACCCCGCUCAGCACCAUCACCCGCUUCUACAACCAUCCGCUCCACUUCGUCUUCAACGACACCAAGCUGGACGCUGUCCUGGAGGAGUUCAAACGAG